AUGGGCGCACUCUCGGUCUCUUCAAGGCAGUUCGUUGCGCCGCUAGGCCUCGCCCUCACCCUCGCUCUUGGUCUCUUGGGGAUCCCCUCGGCGGUUGGGUGCGGCGUCGAGAGCGGUCACCAGUGGCAUGGCGAGCCCAAGCUGCCACAAAGUAAUGCGUCAACUCUGGGAUUCCCAACGCCCGUCAUCCCGCCGCUGUCGAUGAUGGACGACGACGACGACGACGACGACGACGACGACGACGACAACGGGAUUGAUCUCGUCACGCGAGCUCGCUGGAUGCGUCAGGCGAACCUGGCCCUACCCGACCCCUGCCCGUUCGGCGCCUUUGGGGCCGUCGUCGUGAACCACACGGUCGGGGGGCCAGGGGAGCUGGUCUGCACUGGCGCGAACGGCAAUCGGGUCUCGGGCAACCCGACUCUCCAUGGGGAGAUGGCGGCCAUCAAUAACUGUUCCGCGCUCUUCGUCGACCCGCGGGGCUCGUACCGGAUGACGCCGGCCGAGGCCCUGAAUGCAUUCGCCGACCUGACCAUCUACUCAAACGCCGAGAGCUGCCCCAUGUGCGCGUCGGCGAUCCGCUGGGCCGGCUUCGGCGGGUACGUCUACGGCACGAGCAUCGAUGCCCUCGUCGACAUGGGCUGGGGCCAGAUCCGCAUCGGCUCCCGCCGCGUCUUCGAGCUGUCCGCCGACCUGCCCUCCCGGACGAGACUGGUCGGUCCGGUCCUGUCCAAUGAGACGGACGUCUUCUUCGGCUGGCAGUUCAAUCCGGAUGCACCCUGCCCGCGGGGCUGCUUUCGGGACCGGGAUCAGGGCGUAUGCCGUCCUACGUGA